AAAUGCUCGUGGGGAUCACAGAUUGCACCAGUCAAUACUUAGAAGUCGACAACAGCAUCUAAACUAUUCAACAUGAUCGCUUUUAGAACAGCAGCCAUCCUCCUCCUGGCAGCGUACGCUGCUGCCCGUCCAUCCGAAGACUGGGAGCCCGAAGGUCAUUCCCACUCGGAGCACACAAAACCCUACCACGUCACGGUGGUGAAGAAGAUCGGAGUCCCGGUCCCGCAUCCCGUGGCCGUGUCAGUCCCGCAGUACGUGAAGGUCCCGAUACCCCAGCCCUACCCCGUCCACGUUACGGUGGAACAGCCUAUCCAUGUGCCAGUUUACAAGGUCGUGCCCCAGAUUGUAGAGAAGCCAGUACCUUACACCGUUGAGAAGCCCGUCCCUUAUGAGGUCGAGAAGCCAUACCCCGUCGAGGUCGAGAAGAAGGUUGAGGUCCCAAUCCCCAAGCCUUACCCCGUCCACGUACCUGUCUACAAACACGUUUACCACCACAAAGGAGGCCACAAGCACUAAAUAAUAAAAAAAAAAUGGGGAAUGAGGUUCUAUAGCUUAUUUUUAUAAGCGGGGUUGCCAGUUGUAAAUACAAAUUUCGUAGAUCUGAUGGAGAUGUAAUUCCAUUAGUGUUGACUUAUGUACUAAUGUUGUGAUAUUUAUUGUUGUGUGCAUACAAUUUUAUGUUGUUGUUUGUGCUGUUGAUCGCGUUUUUGUUGACUAUUGUGUAAUUGUUGUUGAUUAUUUUUAAUUUUAAGUGUUGUACAUUAAAAAAUGAUUUUUAACUA